AUGGAUUGCAUCCCUGAGGACAGCCUUCCUCAAGGGUCUUGCGAGGCUCUGGAUCGCGGAGCGCCGUCAGACGAUGCGAGCUCCGAGCUCUCCUCUGCGGCGUCCCUGAGUCGGCAGUGCACGGAGUUCAGCGAUGUCGCGGCCCUGGACUUGAUGUCGCGGCAGUUCACCGAUUUUGCCACAAGGCAAGGCGAUUUCUGGGUGCGCAAGUGCUCCGAGCCCGCCAUCAGCCACCAAAGGCAAACUACCCAGGACCCGAGACAAGGUCAGUUCGGCCGACAGAGCUCGUGCCCACCUCUUAGUCGCCCUCAGAUGGCAUUUGACGAGCUUGACCUUGCGAACCUGGUGGAUCCCAUCCGCGAGGAGUCGCAGGAAGAGACCCAUGAGGAGGACCGGGAUGACCUGAUAUCCAAAGCGAUCUGCGCAGCUGUGGCCGAAUGUGACUUCAGCGUCGCGAUUGCAGACCCGACGGGGUUAGACUUCGAGAUUAUUGCGGUCUCCGAAGAGUUUCAGCGACUCACGGGGUACUUGCCAGAGGAGUCGGUGGGCGAGAACUGCCGCUUCCUCAGCGAAGGCUGCCCCCAACAUGCCGGGCCGGCGCUGCGCGAGGCCUGCGAGACCGGGGCGCCGUUCACCUCGAUCCUGGUGAACCGCAGGAAAUCAGGUGAGUUCUUUCUCAACCUCCUGUCGAUACGCGGCCUCGUGCUGGCAUCUGACAGUGCUGGCAAGGACAUCUGGAUACUUGUAGCUGUGCAGCGUGAUGUGUCGCUGCUGCCCGUCGCAAACUUGCCGAGCAACGAAGCGUCGAUGCUCAAGGUGGCGAGUCGCAUAAAUCGGCGGCUCUUCAAGUAUGCCACAGAGCUGGGCCUCCUGGCCGAGAUACUCAGAGCAUUCUCAAGAAGCUGCAACAGACUCGCAGGCUAUCGCAGGCUCCAAUCUGAUUACUGGCUCCGACAGUGA